UUUUAUAAAAAAAAUCUAUAUUCAUCUAGUAGUUGGAAGACAGAACCAUGUGAUAUUACAUGAACUAUGUCUGAAGGAAAGCCCUGCUGAUGAUUCUUCGCCAUAAACUGAUCCAGAUGUUAGAGGAUCCUUUCAUCUGUAUAUUACCCAUACUCUUGGGUCACACUAAACAAUCUCAACUCAAACCUUCACAUUCUUUACUGAGAUCUUCUCUUUGAACAACAGACCUCUUGAUUUCUUUUUCACUCGCCCUGUUCUAUACAGAUAAACCAACAAAAAGACCAUGGCCAUUCGUUUGACUGGAAGUCUUGCCAAGCAAUUUCUCCGCCGUUCUUCAAAAUCUUUUGAUGUGCCAAAAGGUUUCUUACCAGUAUAUGUUGGGGAGACCGAAAAGAAGAGAUUUGUGGUUCCAGUAUCCUAUUUGAACCAGCCUAUAUUUCAAGGUUUGCCAAGUAAAGCUGAAGAGGAGUUUGGUUUUGAUCAUCCAAUGGGUGGUUUGACAGUUCCUUGCAGAGAAGACACCUUUAUACAUGUCACUUCACGCUUGUGUGGAUCAUAAGCAAUAGCAGUUAAGCCUUUCACUGAAGAGUGAAAAAAAAUUUGCUUAGCAGGAGUUGAAAUUCAAUGUAAAAAAAAAUCUCUCUUUUUUAACUGAAAAGCUUUGUAAGAAGAUUAAGAGAAUCUUCAUGUACGAAACUUAUGAAUAGACAAUGUUGCUUUGUUGCCAAAA